AUGUUUGAAUUCCAAAUUGCUUUUCGAGGUCAAAACGAGAGUAAAAAAAUUGGAAAACAAAGUCUAAAAGCUCUCAGCCGGCUUGAGUACUUGAAUUCUGCACUCAACCUGAUUGAACAACGCGUUGAGAUCAUCACACUGAGGAUCGUCAACCUGCAGAGUUGCCACACAAAACUGCGGCAGAUAGACAGCAUCGAGCUGGCCAACGUAACGAAGAACAUCAUCCUCGAUAUAUCAACUAACGCGGCCUUAGAGAUUCUACUGAAGAAGGCACGCAACGUCAGCGGCAGAAACUUCACGGCAAUGAGCUUGGCGUUUAGCACAGAUUAG